CUCUCUUCGCCCUGGCUGCUACGUUAGGGAUUUACCCGCGGCUGAGCCAAGGCGGAAUUCCGAGGCUCCCAGUCUCUGUGUGCCCCGGUUCCUUCCCAGUCACUCUGUCCUUUCUCCACCCCCACCCCCUUUUGAUAACUGUUGCCAGUCUCCAAUUCCCCCUCCGGGCAAUGGGGCAGACAUGAAGAAAAGCCACGAGGUGCCGCCGGGUCGUCUGUGGUUCUUGUCGGUGUGAGACCAAGUAGUAGUGGUUUUCUUUAAGGAUUGAGGAAGAGCUGUUUGCUGGGGCUGUUGGUGAGGGGAAGUCAUCCCCCCACCCCCCAUCGCCAGCACCCAGUCACCGGCUGCCUUUGCUUUGUUGUGCUCGAUCUGAAGACCAGAAGCUCCAACACGCCUGCUUGCGUUUUCUCCCCGCACACCCAUGUCCUCGGAGGUCAAGUCGCGAUGGAGUGGCUCCGGUUCACAGAAGAGCGGCUCGGCCCGCAUAUCGACGAUGCUGGAGAUGUCUGAGAACGCGGCCAGCGCGCAGUACGAGCCGGUUCCGCUACCCUUACAGAGAAGCAACAGUCCGGAGGGCGGCACCGAUAACAAUCCACCGAUCCGAGCCGCCGACAGCCAGCCGGAGGUGAUCAUCAACCCUGAUAUUCCCCCUAAAGCUCUGUCCUUGCCUGCCCAGAUGUCAUCUUACAGCACCCGCAAGCCCCUCUUCUCCAAAGUCAACAUUCAAGGGAGAACUUACAACUUCUUAGAACGGCCAACCGGCUGGAAAUGUUUUAUCUACCACUUCACAGUAUUUCUUAUCGUUUUGGUUUGCCUCAUCUUCAGUGUCAUGUCGACAAUUGAGCAGUACCAUUACUUUGCCAAUAGAGCUCUUGUUUGGAUGGAGAUUGUAUUAGUGGUAUUCUUCGGAACAGAAUACAUCGUCCGACUGUGGUCAGCAGGCUGUCGCAGCAAAUAUGUUGGAUUUUGGGGAAGGCUGCGCUUUGCCAGAAAACCGAUCUCAAUCAUUGAUCUCAUAGUAGUCGUGGCUUCAGUUAUUGUCCUCUGUGUGGGAUCAAAUGGACAAGUCUUUGCAACAUCAGCCAUCAGGGGCAUUCGUUUCCUGCAAAUCCUUCGAAUGCUACAUGUCGAUCGGCAGGGAGGCACCUGGAGACUUUUGGGAUCAGUUGUCUUUAUCCAUCGACAGGAGCUGAUUACCACCCUUUACAUCGGGUUCCUGGGCCUGAUUUUUUCCUCCUACUUUGUGUAUCUGGCUGAAAAAGAUGCUGUGGAUGACAGUGGCUCCCAACAGUUUGGCAGUUAUGCAGACGCCCUAUGGUGGGGUGUGGUGACGGUCACAACAAUUGGAUACGGAGACAAAGUUCCCCAGACCUGGAUCGGCAGGACAAUUGCUUCGUGUUUCUCUGUGUUUGCAAUUUCAUUUUUUGCUCUUCCUGCAGGGAUUCUGGGUUCGGGGUUUGCCCUCAAGGUUCAACAGAAACAACGGCAGAAGCAUUUUAAUCGUCAGAUUCCUGCAGCUGCUUCUCUCAUUCAGACAUCAUGGAGAUGCCACGCAGCAGAAAACUAUGAAUCUGCAACGUGGAAAAUGUAUGUCCGACAGCCUGUCAACGCAUAUGCCCCAUCUCCAAGUCCAAAGUCAAAGAAAUUACCGGGCAAACGAAAGAAGUUCAAGAUUGAGAAAGACAAUGGGCUGAACUCCGAGAAAUCAUUGAAUGUGCCUAACAUCUCGUAUGACCAUGUCGCUGACAAGGAUGACCGAAAAUCUGAAAACUCAAACAUCGAUGGAUGUGAUUCAUCAGGAAAAACAAAGAUGCUGAAAACAACUGUUCGCCAGCAUUCUUGGGCUUCCUUUACUCCAAUCUAUUCCUUCAGCUUUCCUUCUCCUCAAGUGAAGAAAUCCCUGGGGAUGCUUGAUGUCAACAGUGGAGCCUUGUCAAGAGCAAACAGCUAUGCCGAUGAUCUUGAUCUCAUCGAGGGAGAGCCGGUGCUGGCUCCUGUCACACACGUUUCUCAGUUGAGGGAGUCCCACAGGGUUACCAUCAAGGUGAUUCGCAGGAUGCAGUAUUUCGUAGCAAAGAAGAAAUUUCAGCAAGCCAGAAAGCCUUACGAUGUCAGAGAUGUGAUCGAGCAGUAUUCUCAGGGUCAUCUUAACUUGAUGGUGCGAAUCAAGGAAUUGCAAAGAAGACUAGACCAGUCCUUAGGAAAACCAACCAUGUUCCUAUCUGUCUCAGAAAAAAGCCAGGACAGGGGCAAGAACACAAUCGGGGCAAGGCUUAAUAGAGUGGAAGAGAAGGUCGUGGACAUGGAUCAGAAGUUAAAUACCAUCACCGACAUGCUGCAGCGUCUGGUUGCCAACCAACAGGAACAGUCAUACCCUCAGGCUGAGCCUCUGGCAGAGCGAUCCACAAUACAAGCCAUUGCAUCAACUCACAUCUCCUUGCCCAGCUACGAGCAGUUGACCGUGCAUAAGAGAGACCAAGACAACGUGGCCUGAUCUCUGAUCCUCUACUUCCUAAAAUUUAGUAGCAUUGAAGAGAUUGGAAGAGACCUGUUCAAUAUUGUAAGAUAGCCCUCAAGGUUACACACAUAACUGGCACAAACCUGGGGGAGGGCUGUCUCAUUUACUGAAGAAGUCUGUGAAACUUGAAAGCACCCACCAUUAGACUGUGUAUGUUUUCUCAGCCUAGGCAACCCCUUCCAAUUCCAGUUUGCCGAUCUCACCAGUUUUGCAAAGGAAGAGUUCUUCGUACAGCUCUACUGAGCCUCCGAAAAUUCCUGAUCACAUUUCAACUCUCCUCUGGCUGUUCGUUCAGGCAAAUGUGAAUGUUAUGCUUGGACAGCCUGAAAGAUAAGCGGGAAAGACAAAUAGCACACAAUGUUAACAUAAUCCUUUUUAGAGUAGGCGAGAUGUUUUAAAUUGCAAAAAUCAAUAUGUUGUAUGAUUCGGGAGCAUUUGAAGCUCAAAAUCAGUGUAACGUGUGUAGUCUUCUCCCACCUACUCAGUGGUAGCCUAAGAUGUAUUUAAUUAUUUAAAAAAAAAUCUCUCUUUUACAUCCAUUCUGUGGGCAGUAUACUAACCAUAAGGGCAACACCCAGGCAAAAUCAAUGUGGGGUCAAUUUCCCAGGGCACAAUGGGUCACUGCCCAACAACAGUUCCCAAAACAUUUGAUCCCAGUUCAUUCCAGGAUUAGUGUUUUCUUCAGGACCGGAAUGUGCAUACUUCCUCAAAAGCUGAAGUCCUCCACACUUGGGUUUUCCUUCCCCAUUUUAUUUUUGAAUGCCUGCAAGCAAGGAGUGGGGGGGCUAAUACAGCCUCAGCCACACUUCUCGUUUUUAACUAGGACAGCAAAGGUGGCCAUGACUUCCCCUGUCACUGUCAGCGCAACUCAUUGUCAAUUAACUCUGAUUGACAAGUGAGCUUGGUGCAACCACUGACCUCUUUGUUUUCUCUCACUGCCCCUUCCCAAUCAUUCUCAGGGGUUGGCGCACCAAUUCGCUACUGCAAACGAUCUUUGACUUCCCUCUACAAAUGAAGCAAAGCAUGGCUAUGGGUUUAACUGAUGACUCCUUGCAUAACUCAAAAGAAAAUCACUUAGGAAAUUUUGACUUUGUGCCGUCGUGUAAAACAUCAAAAGUAUAGGAUUUUACAUCCCAAUUUUGACUGAGUCCUUGGAGUAUAACUGGGAAUGAUGUCAACCAAUUCAUUACCAUCUGUUUAUACUACCUUUGAUUUGAUUUGAUGUACUGUAAUCCCGUGUACCUGAGUACAGUGAAAAUCUUUGUUUUGCAAGUAGUACAGGCAAAUCAUAGUAAGCAAGGAGAUACAGACCAUAGGGUGCUUAGACAGAGCGAGGCAUACAGGUUACGCUGCACAGAAGGUGCACAAAGCAAGAUCCACAUUGGCAAAAUCAACAUCAUUUGGAGUUAGCAAGUCCAUUCAUCAGUCUAAUAAUGACAGAGAAGAAGCUAUUCUUGAACUUGUUAGUGUGUAUGUAUCCAAGCUUCCGCCCCCAAGACCUCUCACCCUCUUGUCCUUUCUAAGACAAAUGCUUGCUGCCUUAAUGUGUACCAGUCAUUAGGCUAUUGGAUGGAAUGGGGGGAAAGACCAGAAGAAAUAUGCAGCUAAGCUUCGAACCUCACUUUCACCGCUUGGGUGAAAACUAGGCAGAAGCAUUCUCCAUAUUCUCUGCCAGCUUACUGCCAGGGGAGGGGAGGUGAUAAAGUUUCAACAUAGAACUAAUUGGUAAUUCUGACGUGCCAAUCCACUCAAUGAUGGACAUAGCGAGUUGGUAUUUAAAUUACCAUUCUGGAUUUGUGGCAGUCCAGCCGAGAGAUUUGUGUUACUAAGCAACUGGUCAUAUCCUAGAUAAGCGAAAGGCCCAUGAGUUUAUUCACCAAAAGGCAAUCACUAAUCUGGUGAGUAUCAACCACAAUAUCACUCAGGCACCAUGGGAUCAUAAAUCAUGGCGUCAAUCCAACCUGCUGAAAUGUUAAUCAAGGUAAUCUAUGACAAAUCUUAAAAUAAAUAAAAACAGAACAUGCCAGAAAUUAUCAGCAAGCCUGGCACCAUCAGGAAAGAGAGAGGCACAAAGAUUUUCUUUCAGAACAACGCACAGACCUGUACCCAUGGAAAGGAAGAUUGAGCGGGAUGUGUAAUGGGCAACCAGUUUGCUGCUACCUAUUCUGUGCCUCCUCCCCCACUGCAGUUUGUCCUCCUGACCAUAUGGUAUUGAGUGAGACAAUGCGGGAAGAUAUGAAGCUCUGUGUUCAGUUUGCACUGACCUUGAACUGAAGGCAGCAGUUAGGGGGCAGUGUGACUGUUUGCUUCCAAACCCGACAGUCAGGAAGAGGCAUGGGAAGAGAAUCAGUGGCAAUUGCUGACUGUUUGCUGAGGAGGGCUCCAUGAAAUCAGGAUUGAGCUGAAUCAUGAUGCAUUUCGUGGUCAAAUUGCCUAAAGACUUCAAAUAAAAGUUUGAUGCUUGCCCCAUGGCAUGGAGCUACUCCUCUGCUACAUGUUGACCUUGCCACUUUGGGCAGCAAUCAAUGCGUAUUACUUCGGCCUGAAUUGGCAGACGUUUGAUUAUUAUAUGCAAUCAUGACACAUUGUCAUCCAUCGUACUCUCUACCAAUGGUGCCCUUAUUACAUUGGACUCUGAGACAUGCUAAGCAUUCUAUAAGAAACUGGCAAGGAAUUGACAAUUUAAACUUGAGACACUGUGAAAAGGAUAAAAAUUUGGGGGAGAACAUGCUUCGAUCUACACCUUGUCUAGAGAUCCUAGUCUCGAGUGGGCAGGGUCCACAUAGAAUCUGACAAAAUCACACUCUGUCGAGCAUCAUUGUGAGAUACUGGAUGCAGUGGGACUCCAGGAAAUCUGACCCCUGUCUCCACACAUGUUCACAUUUAUAACUGGAACCCAUCCUAGUUUAACACACUCCCUGUUGGUGUGCUGCUGGUUCGGGAGGUGGUAGGUGCAGGGAGAUUGGGCAAAGCCCAGUGGACAGAUUACUGUAACUUUCCGUUUCUCAGAUAUUUUUUGUCUUCCAUUUUCAGAAGAAGCCAUGCAUACCUUAUUCCAACCUGACUUCCUGCUUUCCCUUCAUCUUUUCCUUGUGGGACCUUGCACGUAGCCACUUUAUUGUAACGUUUCUACACCUGCCGGACGUGUUGAUGCCCCUUAGUUUUGUUUGCCAGUUGAUAGGCCUAGUCAAAAAGUUUUAGUUAGGCUGUGGCCAUUGAAAGAAGGGCCAUUUGCCCCACUGCCCCUUACCUCUCGCCCUCCCCUCCCCUCCCAACAUGGCAGCAGCCAACAGACAUGGAAACUCCACUUCAUCAUCAAAAAAAAUUCAAACAAGCUAGUGUUGAGGUCAAAUACAGGGCAGACUUAAACAAAAACUUUAUGUGGCGCCAGCCCAUGUUUGCUGCCAUUUUAAGGGAUGGGAAAGGAGCCAAAUCAUAUCAAGAUGAAACCACUGUGCAUAAUAUUAUUACUGUUCAAAGGAGCAGCCCUCUACGAAACUAAUGAUAUCAUAAGAUGCUAGGAAUUACAGUGAAGUCCAGUACAUCUCAAAAUUAUAAGCGAUGCCAUGACAAUUGCACAAAGCACUAUACCUGAUAGUUUUCUUUUUAAGAAUGAAGUCACUUGGUGCCUGCCAGGGGUACAAUACUGUGUACAAAUAUCUAUUUACUGUUGGAUAAUAGGAAAACCAACAUGUCAAUCAACAAAAUGAAGUCUUUUAUCUGUAUAUAUAAAGACAUAGAUUAUAUAUAGUAGAUUUUCUACUGAUAUUUACAACCUGGGGUUUCAUAUAAAUUUUAUAAAUUUUCCUUCUCAAAUGAGGUUGAUUAAAUUAAAAACAUUGCUGUAAUAAUGUAGAAUGGGUUGACAGAUCAUUUUCCCCUCUUGACAACCUUUUCUACCCCUUUCUCUCUCUCUUCCGUAUCCAAUCACGUAUAUAUGCUUUCUCCCUCACAUCUCUUUGUCUCUGCCACUGUUCGCCUUUUACCUUCCCUUCACCGGUAGGUCCCUUUCCUCAUUUCUUGUUUCGUCUGUUAUUCGAUCCCCUCUACAUCACACCCUCUUUCUUUCCACUGUUAUAGUACCAUCCCCUGCUUUCUGCCUUCCCCCCUUUCUUUUCUCCUUCCUGUCUGUUUUCACAAAAUCACCUCUUUCCUUUGCAAUUCUCACCUUUCCUCUUCUGUCUUCUUUGGCUCUCUCAUGAUCUUUCUGUCAUGUAGUGGGACAUUGUAACAGCGAUUUGUUAGACAUUUUUUUAUUUGCUUUCUUCAUUUCAAUCCAGUUCGAAUGGGCUACUCAGCAAUAUUCAAAUACAACUAUGAAACAAAUCAGCUGGGACUCAUGCUGUGAUUUAUAAGGUAAAUUUUAUAAUGAUACCUUUUUUAACUCAGAUAUUAUAAAGACACCAGUUUGGUAUCAUGCCUCAAUAAAACCAAAAAUCU